GCUUCGAGUUGUUGGAGUGAGACGUGUUUUGAAUUUCCUCCAUCAAAAGCUUUGGGAAGCCGGACGAAGUGUAAUUCUAUUUUGGUGGUGCAUCAAAUAAAGAAAGUGAUAAGCGUUACGGCAUCUUUAGUGUAAUAAAACAAAAAAAAAUAUCUUAAAGUGCGGUCUUAUUAACGAAGUGAAGAAACGAGUAAUGUUUCAUCCAAGCUCUCAUUAACGCGAGUUGAUUGAGAUUUGCGCUCUGGCAUAAAAAUAGCCCCUUUUUAUAAAUAUACAGUGUAAAAUGUGGAAGAGUGUCUAAUGAAAAUCAGUUCUGAUUGUUGAUUACAUGUGGGAUUGCGAUAUAUAAUGAAAACACUAGUUAGCGCAGCUUAACUCGUGCUUACUAUUGCAUAAAUGUCUAUGCAUGCGUUUAGUAAGGUUUACAUCUACGCAUCACUGCAUUCAUAUAUGCAAUGAUUUUGCUCAGAAUGUCUCAAGGCAAUUUUGGAAACUACUUGGACAAAAAGAUGGAAGCCAUGCGAGUCAGGUGGAAUAAAACAAAGCCAACAACAAGCAACAGGUACUUGGCAAAGGAACCAUUUUUCGAGAAAUUCGGCACACUUUUCAAGGAACGAUCCAGUCAAUUUCUGUUGCAAUCUAAGCAACAAGUUGCUCCAUUGGACGAUACGACUGAAACCCAGGAGCUAAUUGUGACUAGCAAAACGAGGUCAGCGAUAAAUCCAUCAUCUGGCACUGAAAUCGCUGCAAAUCAAGACGUGCCCACAACCGGCGCAGAGAAUGCUAUGCCAAACGACUCAGAUUCUAUUGAAGAUCUUUACGAGAAAGUACUGCUGGAAAUCAUUAAUGGUAAUUUCAAUGCCCAGGAAGUGUCGGAAAAAACGCUUUUCGCCUAUGCCCAAGAUGUGUUCAAGAUAAACGAUAAAGCACAUGAAGAAAUUCUUAAGCGUGCACGAUUUAAGCCAACUUCUGAGGUAUACCUGCGGGCUGAAAUUAUUGAAGCAAAACUUGCAGAACAUCCCAGCCAAUCAAAAAACAUUAACCCUUUCGUUGUGAUGUAUUUGCAAAAUGAUCCACACGAAAUAGUGAGAAGCUCAAUUCAGAAGACAACAACCAAUCCUGUAUGGAAAGAAAUUUUUUCGUUACCAGCCAUAGAAAAGAGCAAAGAAACUCUAAUAUUAGAAGUGUACAAUCACGAAAGCAACAUGAAAAAAUUUACUAAAACUGCCAGAAUCUGUCGAAAAUAUUCUCUCAGUUGCAUUAAUACUAGAUCAUCGUACCAUAAACUAAUUGGGAGAGCUAGUAUUCCCAUUGAGUCUAUCACUUCCUCCGGUCUGGUAAUGUGGUAUACACUGAGCAAAAAGAGGAGACCUGAACCACAAGGGACCAUCAAAUUAAAAUUCCACUUUAGCUCAGCACAAAAUAAGGAUAUGGCUGCCAAGGAACAUGGAAUACUCACUAGAAUGUUUUUGGAAUACGAACUCCGGAAUUCUAGUGUCGCUCGUUACUGGUGGUCCGGCAAGUUCACAGUCGCUGGAGAGGCUAUACUUAAGCAACAUGCUCUCUGCGCUGAUCUAUCCGAGAUUCAGAAAACGCUUAUCUACUGGAAUUCUUACAGUUCUGUACAUAUUUCGUAUCCCAUCGCGUUCAGUUUAUUCGAAAGCUUACUUGGCAAAAUUUGCAUAUUUAUCAGAAGCAACAACGUAAAAGAAGACAGCUUGAAAAUGUUUUGGAAUGGCGUAAAAAAAAUGUUGCCUUCGUGUUUUGCCGUGAUAAUGAAAUUGAGGAAGCGAAUUGCCGGUGACAAAGACAUUGUAAAAACUGUGAUCUCCGUACUAAACAUUUUGUCCAUGGUGGACAGUAUUAGAGAAACGUGUGAUAUUGAUCUCUUCUCUGUCGAGGAUUAUGAGGAUUUUAAAGGUCGAAUUCAACAGAAUCCAAAUAUUACAACACAUGACGUAACUCUACUGGCGGUACAGAAGGGAGCCAAAAUUUGGUUCCAAGAUGCCGUCGCCAAUAUGGCCAUUUCGACGUUAUCUGACGAAGAAAAGCUGCGCAAUGCCAUACAAUUAAUUCAGCUUCUUCAAGGUGAUAUUAUGCGUGCUUCUACUUAUUACAAUGAACCGUUCAGAAGUAUUAUGAACAUCAGCUACACACGCGAAUUGUGCAAACAACACGAAAAAAAUGUCGUCGUCCAUCUCAAACCAAUCGUGGAAAAAAUAUGUAAAGGAUUCAGGAAGCUUACAAUUCGCAUAGACCAGUACAAUCGAGUUGGGGAAAUGGAUGCUUUGGAUAUGAGUACUACCGUGUUUGAGUUGUAUAUUAUAAUGAAACUGUUCUUCAAGGAAACUGACGUUGAAGUGAAAGGCGCUCAUAAUUCCGACAUUGUUAACUAUCAUAAAUGGUUCAGUGGUGGCAUAGCCCACUGGUGUGAGGUUUUUGCACUAAAAACCUUAGCUCGGUUGAGUCAAGCAAUUGAUGACGAUUUAUUAGUACCCGAGGAAGGAUUGGACCCUAAGCAGUCAUCAUCUGCAGCAGAAUUUUUGAACAUUAUACAACAGAUUAAAACUUUUUGGCAACAAUUGGACUGGCCAGAUCAACAGGAGCUGAACCGAUUUUUAAAGAAAAGUAUAGGGGAUAUAUGUAGCUGUUGUGUUUACUAUGCCGAUAGAAUUUCCACUAAGUUAAAGCCACCGGGAGAUAAAGCUCGUAUGGAUUUAGCUGCAACUAUUGAUCUGAUAUCCAAAUGUGCACUUGUCAAUUCUAAUUUGUCCAUACUGAUCGAAGUUCUCAAUAACUUGCCUGCUGAUUUUGGCUAUAGCUUAAAACAUAUGGAUGAGAUAGAUCCUCAGGAUUACAUGCUUCCUGUCAAAGGGCUUAGUAGCUGGAAAACAAAGUUGUUAAUACUAAUGGUUAAUCAUUGUAUGCUAGAAAUCAAAAGUAGCAUGGGAGAGUCUUUGACCAAAUUUAAUCAAAUUAAGACAAAUAUUGACUGCUACGCACAGCAGACAUCGAAGUUAAUCAGAGAAAAUUUGAAUUGUGAUGAUCUAAAAUUUGUACAACACAAAUUGUGGUGUGCAAUAACGACGGAGUUCAACGAUGUAAUUAGGGCUACUAUUGAGAAAAAAUCUUCAAUUUCAUCAUUUGCAAAUUUAAAAGAUUUCUAUAGGAUAAUCGCCCAAGCAUACCUGUCUGAUAUACAAGACCUACAAGAAGAUAGCGUCCUCUCAGAAAAACUUUACUUGAUAGAAAAACAAUUGGACUUGUACAGCAGUAGUACACGUGAUUUGAUUCAUCGGUAUUAUAUAGCUUGCUUAGAGGCUCAAAAUCAUCUUGAUGAACCAGAACGUGGCAUACUCACUAUACGAUGCUGUAUUCGUGAUAGUGUUCUAGAGAUUCAAAUCAUUGCAGUGGAGAAUAUCAAACUACCGCUGGACUUCAAGGGGAGCUGCGACUCGUAUGUGAAAAUUAAUUUAGUACCGGGUUAUAAGUUUUCCAACAUACAGAUGCCGAAAACGCGCACAAAGUUGAAAAAUCAUUCUCCGACAUUCAACGAAAAAUUUUCGCUCAAACUGACCAGAGAACAAUGUCAAAUUACAGAUGCUCUUAUUGUAUUCAAUGUAAAGGUAUCUGAAUUAUUGGGUCUGAGUCAGAGGUACGUCGGUGAAUGCUUUAUACGAGUGGACUGCAUUCCAGUAGUGGGUCCAGAUAGUGAAAACGGCAACAUUGAUGUUCAACAGUUAUUUUUAACUGUACCAGAAAAUAUAGAGUCAGAUAGUAUACCAGUACUUGAAUAUCGCCAAAGUGAUAAAGAAGCGAUUCAAUUCUUCAGAAAACUCAAACAAAAACUGGGCAAAGCAGCCUAUACUGGCAGCGUUAAUAGCAUUUUCUAAAACAACGAAAACCAAUUUUAACGUAACCAAUAUAAUGUAGAAA